AUGAGACUUUCGGAGAAGAUGUCAAACAUUUCUCUUCUAUUCCAAUAUUUAUCAGUCUUAACCAGUACUUACACCAUUUCUAAUCAAGAAAACUUUGGCCAGGGUGGUGCUGGCAAUGAUUAUGAGCAUGCAAGAUUACUGUACCUCUCCAAAGUGAGGUACGACCUUGCUUUGGAGAGGAGUCCCACCAAUCUUCAAGGCCAUGGCUCAGGCCACGGCUCAAGGCUUCAUGCGUCAUGA